AUACCCCAGCUGCACUCCACACAGUCUCACCAGACAGCCAGCAGAAGCAAGAAGGAGCGACUGGGCACCUUAGAGGUCUGUCAGCACAGCAAGGGGUGGAAAGAGGGAGAAGGAAGUCUGAACAGUAAGCUGUGAGCAAGAGAGAGGCCAGCCCCUUCUUCGCUGUUGCUCCAAUAAAAUUUGCAAGUCCCGAGGCUGCAUUUUAGAAAGAAGAAAACAGAGCUUGGCCAUGGACCUGACCUUGGGCAUGGAGGCCCAAGCUCUCCUAGAAGACAUGUUGGAGAUCACAGCCCAGAGUCUUGUGCAUAUGGAAGUGACUGAGCACUACCAAAUCAUCAAGGAGCUGGGAAAGGGGAAAUAUGGGCAGGUGGUCCUGGUGACUCACAGAAAGAGAGGGACUCCUAUGGCUCUCAAGCUGUUGCCUAAGGCUAACACUAAGCUGCAGAAUUUCUUAUAUGAAUACUGUGUGGCACUUUCACUCUCUGUGCACCCCGCCAUCAUUGGCAUGUUCGGCAUUGCUAUAGAAUCCAGCCAACACUAUGGUUUUCUCUAUGAGGCAGCCUUGCACAGAGACCUUAUCUCCAUCAUCAAGCCCAAGGCUGGUAUUCCUGAGCCAGCAGCUAAACUCUGUGCCAAGCAGCUGGUGAGUGCACUGGACUUCAUCCACAGCCGGGGCCUUGUAUAUCGAGAUGUGAAGCCUGAAAACAUUCUGCUUUUUGACCGUCACUGCCAUUGCAUCAAACUGACCGAUUUUGGCCUGACCAGACCCCAGGGCACCCUCUUGCGUCUUGUAGCUGGGAUCAUCCCUUACACUGCACCUGAGUUGAGCCGUGGCACUGGUGACACCCCAGGCCUGCCCAUUGAUGCCAGCCUAGAUGCCUGGGCUCUUGGGGUGUUGAUCUUUUGCCUUCUCACUGGCUACUUCCCUUGGGAGAAGACAGUUCCUGAGGAUUCCUUCUUCGAGGACUUUGUGAUCUGGCAAGAAUCUGGCUCGGAUGAAGACUUGCCUUAUCACUGGCGCCCGCUCUCACAAGAUGCUGUCAACAUGUUACGAAAUCUUUUGGCUCUGGAGCCCACAAAGCGUGGCCCUAUCCGCCGGGUGCUCAGCUAUCUUGAUCGGCCAUGGAGAGCAGAGACCACCCCAAAAGAUCCCCUAGUGAUGGUGCAAUAGAGCUGAAACAAUUUGGUGGGUAGAGAGAAUACACCACUAAACUCCUCCUAAUGUGGAGUGGGAAGGGGAACAUGUGGUCCUCCAGAUGUUGUUAGCAUUGCAAUUCCCAUUUAACUUGGCCAGUAUAGCCACUGAUGAGGGAUGAGGGGAGUUAGUCCAGGAACACCUAGAGCACAGCUGAGCAAAGUGUGAUCUGUGGUCUGCAUGUAGCCUUAGCCAAGGCUGCUUUGGGGCUCCCAACAGAGUCCCCAGAAUCUUUCAAAAAUGGGGGAAAUGUUUUUUGUUUUGCUAAAAUGCUCCCCUUGCCCAAUAUUACCAUGUAAAAAAGAUUACUUCUUCCUGGUUUUUAAAGAAGGCACUGCAGGCCUUGGAGGUUCCAUGACAAACAAUGUGCCACCCCAUCCUCUGGCCGUUUCCUGCCCUGAUCCAGAGGAAAAUAUGUUCUUUAUGCCUAUCCUAAUGCAAUGGUGAUUUCCAGCAUUAAUUUUUAAAGGUAUCAGAGUUUAAACUACUUUCUACUACCAUGUUUAUCACACAUAAACACCUGAUAUUGGAGGAACUCAGCUGUGUGCCUGCAAUGUAAAAAGAAAAAGAAAAUUGCAUGCACAAUUGUUUUAUUACAUUUCUAUAUCCAAAGAACUAUUUCCAAAUGUUUCACAAAUAGCUCCCCCCUUCUUUUUUAACCGGAAAAAUAAUACAAUGGAGACUUCUUGAUGUUUCUCUGAAAUAACUUGAUUUUUUAAAAAUUACUUU